CUCGAGGAGGCCCGCGAGAGUCUUCCUCCUUUCCUUCUUAUUGGUCCAGCUCAGCUGUCAUUCGGGAGCGAGGGGAAGUUUGUUUCCUGAUUGGUGAAUUCCGUUUGGCGCCAACUAGGAAAGGGGCGGGGCGCCCAGGUUCCUAGUUGUGCUGCAAUUAACGCUAAGGCCACUUUGGUGGUGAGGCAGGUGAGAGUUGCUCCUCUGCUUGUCGGGGACCGAGCAAGGAGGGAGAAAAAGGUGAAGCGAGUUAAUCGGUGAGGCCGCCUCGAGACUCUCGCCCCGCGGAGUUUGUUUGGAUUUAAUCUUGAGGUUGCAGGCGCCCGCCCGCCUGCGGGCCUCGCGGGGUUGAGAGGGAAGCACCGGUGCUUGUGGCUGGCGCCUGCCGAGUCCCCGACGCUCGCCCGUCCGCGCCGCUGCCCGUGGCGGUCGCGUCCCUGAACCGCGGGGUCGUGUUUGUGUUUGACCCGCGGGCGCUGGCGGCGUGGCACGCGGCUGAAGCCGGUGCCAGCGGGGCGGGGCCCGGCGCGGCGGAGGCGGAGGAAGACGGAGCGGGAGUCCGGGCAGGCCCGGCGGCGCCAUGGAACUGGGCCCGGAGCCCCCCCACCGUCGCCGCCUGCUCUUCGCUUGCAGCCCCACUCCUGCGCCGCAGCCCACCGGGAAAGUACUGUUUGGCGCGUCGGCUGCUGGCGGACUGUCCCCUGUCACCAACCUGACGGUCACCAUGGACCAGCUGGAAGGGCUAGGCAGUGAGUAUGAAAAGCCAACGGAAGUGAGAAACAACAGCAGUCUACAGAGAAUGGGCUCCUCGGAAUCGACUGAUUCAGGUUUCUGUCUGGAUUCUCCUGGGCCCUUGGACUGUAAAGAAAACCUUGAAAUUUCCCUGAGGAGAAUAAAUUCCCUACCUAAACUCUUGGGAUGUAGCCCGGCGCUGAAGAGGAGCCAUUCUGAUUCUCUAGACCAUGACAUCUUUCAACUCAUUGACCAGGAUGAAAAUAAAGAAAAUGAAGCAUUCGAAUUUAAAAAGCCAAUAAGACCUGCAUCUCGUGGCUGCCUGAAUGCCCAUGUACAUGAGGAGAGUAAAGAUUUCUUCACACACAGGCAGAACUCAGCCCCAGCUUGCAUGCUAUCUUCAAAUGAAAGUGAUAACAAUGAAUCGGGACAUUUCAGUCCUCUUUUUACAUCCCAGUCCCCUGUGAAAGCCACUUUGUCUGAUGAGGAUGAUGGUUUCAUAGAUCUUCUGGAUGGAGAGAAUCUGAAGAAUGAUGAGGAGACCCCAUCGUGCAUGGCAAGCCUCUGGACAGCUCCCCUUGUCAUGAGAAGACCUACAAACCUUGGCAAUCGAUGCAGGCUGUUUGACUCCCCUUCCCCGUGCAGCUCCAGCAGCAGCUCCAACACCCGGUCAAUGUUGAAGAGAACAGAACGCUCUUAUGAGGAGUCUCCUCGAGGAAAUACGAAGCGGAGGAAGAGCAUGGCCAGUCCUGUAAAGGCAGAUAAUCUAGAGCCAACCCAAGAGCUUCUACACCAGCCUUUAUCCCUGACAUCUUCACCCAAAGGAACCAUUGAGACCAUUUUGGACAGUGACCCACGAGACCUUAUAGGAGAUUUCUCCAAGGGUUAUCUCUUUCAUACAGUAUCUGGGAAGCAUCAGGAUUUGAAAUAUAUUUCUCCAGAAAUUAUGGCAUCUGUUUUGAAUGGCAAGUUUGCUAAUCUCAUUAAAGAGUUUGUUAUCAUUGACUGCAGAUAUCCAUAUGAAUAUGAAGGAGGUCACAUCAAGGGUGCCGUGAACUUGCACAUGGAAGAAGAGGUUGAGGAGUUCUUACUCAAAAAACCUAUCGUAUCUACUGAUGGCAAGCGUGUCAUUGUCGUAUUCCACUGUGAGUUUUCUUCAGAAAGAGGCCCUCGGAUGUGCCGAUAUGUGAGAGAAAGAGAUAGGCUUGGCAAUGAAUACCCCAAACUCCACUACCCUGAGCUGUAUGUCCUAAAGGGGGGAUACAAGGAGUUCUUCCUGAAAUGCCAGUCUCACUGUGAGCCCCCUAGUUACCGACCAAUGCACCAUGAAGACUUUAAAGAAGACCUGAAGAAGUUCCGCACCAAGAGCCGGACCUGGGCGGGGGAAAAGAGCAAAAGAGAGAUGUACAGUCGCCUGAAGAAGCUCUGAAGCCAGACGGCAGCGGCCGUGUUUCCCUCUGCCCCUUUCCUUUCCCUUUGCUGCAGAGCAGGAAGUAAAGGAGCCAGCUGUGGUACGUGGAGAAAGAUGUGGGCCUUCCGUGCCUUAAACCUGUCUCCUACACUCCCAGGUUAGAGCCCAGGGCUCUCCUGUCCUAUAAGACUCCUUCCCUGUCAGGACUGUCUGCCACAGCGCAGACCAGAGUCUACAAUCUAGAGCGCCGUGUCAAGCUGCUCUGCCUGAGCGUCCCAUGAAGAGUAGCUGGGGCUUUAUUGGGCCUCCUGUCAUGAGGGGAGCAAAUGGAAGUGCUGCUGGCCAAAUACCAAAGAUAGGCUGGAAGGGAGAGGUCCUUGUGGAUGACCCAUAACUUUUAAUUUAUUCAGCUUCAUCCAUUAUUUUAUUUUUUUAAUUCCUCAAGACUUUUACUUUACUGCUUCAUUAAGUCAAAAUACUGCCAUCCUAGGUAGAGUUUUAUCAUCCCAGGAACUACCUCCACUUUUAAUUUAAAAAAAGAAAAGAAACUGGGGCAGGGAUAAGAAAAGGAACCCUGUUGUGGACAGCGCUAGGAGCUCCGUCACCCCUAGGAGGCACUGAGGACUGGGAUUGCUGCUACUCAAAGUCAAGGACUGAGAUGCUGGGAAGAGCCUGCACCAGAUCCAGCUUGACUACAGGACAUAAGCUAACCUUCUCAGACCGACCUCUGUCCUUUGUGACGUCCAGGUUCCCAUGAUCGUGGUCUAUAGGAAAGCACUUGAGGCAGCUUUCCAUCUGGCCCCCCUCAGGCCAGUGCUGGAAUGCUGUAGUGUGGUAACCCAAGGUGAGGGGGGGAAGGGAUGAGUGGAGUCCUGGGGAGGGCGGAGCAUGCUCAUUGAAUGUCCUUUAAAAAAGUCAUUGUGUGAGUCGAGUAUCAAAUCAUUGUUGGGUGGGCACCCAAGGGUGAGAAGGGGGCCAGAAGCCCCGGCCAUUGGGUAGAAGGAGUAGGUCCUGGCCUACAGAUGGCUGUAGAAUUUCUCAGGAGGAAGUGGUAAAUUUUGAAGUAAAUGUUCUGGGUUUAUCAUGUUUUAAUUUGAGGGACAGGGAGUGAUAAAUCACACAAUUAGCCCCUUAAUCUAGCCCCAUGGAAGUGAGGCUCUCGAGGGAACAUCUCCCAUCUGAGGAGCUGGGCUGGGCUUUGGUUGUGUCAGCCUACAUUGGUGCCUGUUCAUCAACACCCCAGGCACCAGUCUCCUGGUCGCUCAUCUUUGCUCCACUGGGGUCUAGCCAGGUUUUUCUUAGGGAAAGUCUCCCCUCUUACCUCUGCUUUCUAUUCUGGGGGUGGGGAGGGAAUCAGUGAUAUUGAAGAUGGCUAGUUGUUUUGUUAUGGGUUUGAGUUACAUUUGGCUAUAAAACAAAUCUUGUUGGAAAAUACAUGGAGAACAAGGGAAUGAGCAGCCUCUUCCCCAGUAUUGAAAUGUGUCCCAAUUAGUCUCUGGUUUGUAGAGAUUCUGUUAGUUGAAUGCCUUGAAGGAGAAUGGCUUUUGUAUGGUACCAGCUUAGCUAGAAUUGUUAACCAACUGUUGCAGGCUCUGCAAAUAAAACUGACCUUGAACCCAUA